ACAAAGGCGACAAAAAUGACUAUUUGGUGCAACUUGUGUAAAUGUCACGUCAGUACUCCUUGCACUUCCCACCAUCUGCCCGCGGAUCACGGGAGCCCAGUCUGCAGGAGGUUCAGAUCCACCAAAGGGGCAUCCAAAGCUCGACGGGACCACAUCAAUCAUGAGAUCAAGAACAUGCGUGCUCUGCUGCCCAUCACCCUGGAGGACCAGGAGCGACUCUCGUACCUUCACUCCAUGGCCGUCAUCUGCACCUACAUCAGGAAGUCUGUUCUCUUCCAGGGGCUCCCAGCUGGAGAGCGAUCACACUGCUCUCUGCCACAUGAGGUCUUUCUUCAAGCCUUGCACGGCUUCAUCCUCGUCUCCACCGCACAGGGCAGGCUGGUGUAUGUGUCAGAAAAUGUAGCCGAGUAUCUCGGGGUUUCCAUGGUAGAUGUGCUGCAGGGAGACACGAUAUAUGAUAUGGUGGAACACUCUGAUGUCGACGUUGUUAAAUCAAACCUGGACAUUGAAAACAACUCAAUGUCAGAGCGGAGCUUUAUAUGUUGCAUGAAAACCUCCAAGACCUUUAAGUUGCAACAUGGCAGCUGUUCCUCUAUACUGGUCAGAGGAAGCUUCCAAUUCUUCCCUCAACCCUAUGCAUGCUCCCCUACCACUACAACCACCGAGCCACUGUUCGUGGCUCUCUGCACCCCAACAGUGAACUGCCUGUGGAGCACCGACUCUCACUUCUGUCACAGCUUCAACAGCACACAUGGACUGGAUAUGAGCUUUAUGAAGCUGUCAGAUAGUGUUUCUCCUUUGUUGGGGUAUUCAGCAGAGGAAAUGAUUGGUCGAUCAUGGUACAGCCUCGUCCAUCCUGAAGAUCUGUCGCUGAGUGCAGAUUCUCACAGAAGUUUGAUGCACUCGGAUGACGGCUUCCAGGUGGAAAUGGUGCUGAGACUCCAGCGCAUGGAUCUGUCGUGGUGCUGGAUCUAUAGUCGAGCCACCAAAGUCUCUGGGGAAUGCCAGACCAUCAGCUGCACCAACUUCAUCGUCAGUGAAACUGAGGCCAGAUUUCUUCAGAAGAAAAUCAGCAGCACGGCCUUCAAACCAGCAUUUCUGCCAAAUUCCUACCACUGUGCUCAACACCCUCAAAGCUCCAACAAUAAAAGGCAGAGGACAUCCAACAGCCAGAGUGAGGAGCCUGGUGCCAGAGAUACGAUGGAGUCUGAGCACGACACAGACUGUGUGGUGAGCGGCUCUUCCCCGAGCUCACCUGCCCUCCUGGGUGAUAGCCCUGCUGUCUUCAUCCCUCCAUACAGCCCCGCCUCCUCCAGCUCCUCUCUGCAGCAGGAGGAGCUCAGCCAUGACAUUCUGAUGGAUGUGCAUGCAUGCACAGAUCAGUGGCUGUGCUCCCCUGAGGCCUCUCCCUCCCAUUAUUCCUACCCAGAGACCAGGCUCACCUGUCACCAUUCACCCUCAGACUCCCUCCCUGCAGCCACUCAAACCUUUGACCAGCCAUCCUUUGGCACGCUCAGUGGCCACACUCCACCCACCUCAUCGCCAUCCUGUGAUUUCAGAGAUUAUACAUCUGAUGCUCGCUUAGUUCCAGACUGCCUCUCUGUGUCCGACAUGUGUGAGAGCCCAGCGGACUGUGCUCUGCAUCCAGAUGAUUUCGGCCUUCUGUUGCAGCCACAAGAGGGCAGCGUUGUCCAACUGCAUCAUGAUGCUCCUGACUUAUCCACACAUACCAGUGUUUUUAAUCCCAGCCAGUCUCCCACAUCCCUAGAGCCUAACCAGUAUAGCGAGAGUGAGCAGGUGGAGAUCAGUAUUCUGGCCCAGCAGAUCUCCUCGCUAGCCAGCAGGUUUGACCAGCAUCAUACUGUGAAUCCCUAUCAGCAUGUGGUCCAAACUACAGCCACCAACACGCUGCCCUCAGCCUGUGACUGGCCCCCUAAUUCUCCUCCCCCCUCAGUUUGUCUUCCCAAUCCUGCGCUGGUUCUUGAUGUUGCCAUGUUUGACAGCUUCAUGAAAGAUCUGAACAUGUUCACAAGAAAAAGCAGCACAUUGAGCGAUACCAGUUACCAGCAGGGCCUAGUGUGCAGCAGGAACGGGCACCAUCCCCAUCAGGAGCAGCAGGAGCACAUUGGCUUCAUUGCAGAGGAGCUGCUGGCUGCAGAGCACUUCACCGUGGGCAGCAUCGCCAUAGAUCCCAUCAGCAUGCAGCUGGGACGCCAUGAGCAAACCACUGGGUUGCUUCAACAUCAUCUCUACUAAACAGUCCACCCUAAUGAGAUGGCACAUGACAGUUGUUGGGUACAGAUGGUGCUGAGACUCCAGUUCAUGGAUCUGUCAUGGUGCCGGAUCUAUAGAGGAGACAAAGAGUGAGCGACAGAUCAGCUGCCUUGCAUGGCUUCACCCUCAUCACCAGCACACAGAGGCAGGCUGGUCUGUGCUUCAGAAAGUGUAGCUGAAUAUCUCGGGCUUUCCACGGUGUAUGUACUGCAAGGAGACACGUUAUGACAUGGUGGAAUGUUCCGAUACUGAGAUUGUUAAAUCAAACCUGGACAUUGAAAGCAACAUAUGAUCAGAGUGGAGCUUUAUAUGUUGCAUGAAAACCUCCAAGACCUUUAAGUUGCAACAUGGUAGCUGCUCCUCUAUACUGGUCAGCGUUGAGGGAAGAUCUGGGAGCUUCCUCUGUGUGCCCUCCCUUACCACCACCACUGAGCCACUGUUUGUCACUGUCUGCACCCCAGCAGUGAACUGCCUGAGGAGCACGGACUCUCAUGGACUGGAUAUGAGCUUUAUGAAGCUGUCAGAUAGUGUUUCUCCUUUGUUGGGGUAUUCGGCAGAGGAAAUGAUUGGUCGAUCAUGGUACAGCCUCGUCCAUCCUGAAGAUCUGUCGCUGAGUGCAGAUUCUCACAGAAGUUUGAUGCACUCGGAUGACGGCUUCCAGGUGGAAAUAGUGCUGAGACUCCAGCGCAUGGAUCUGUCGUGGUGCUGGAUCUAUAGUCGAGCCACCAAAGUCUCUGGGGAAUGCCAGACCAUCAGCUGCACCAACUUCAUCGUCAGUGAAACUGAGGCCAGAUUUCUUCAGAAGAAAAUCAGCAGCACGGCCUUCAAACCAGCAUUUCUGCCAAAUUCUUACCACUGUGCUCAACACCCUCAAAGCUCCAGCAAUAAAAGGCAGAGGACAUCCAACAGCCAGAGUGAGGAGCCUGGUGCCAGAGAUACGAUGGAGUCUGAGCACGACACAGACUGUGUGGUGAGCGGUUCUUCCCCGAGCUCACCUGCCCUCCUGGGUGAUAGCCCUGCUGUCUUCAUCCCUCCAUACAGCCCUGCCUCCUCCAGCUCCUCUCUGCAGCAGGAGGAGCUCAGCCAUGACAUUCUGAUGGAUGUGCAUGUAUGCACAGAUCAGCAGCUGUGCACCCCUGAGGCCUCUCCCUCCCAUUAUUCCUACCCAGACACAGAGCUCCCUGCAGACACUCAAACCUUUGGCAUGCUCAGUGGCCACUCUCCAUUUAUCUCCUAAUCUCAGACUAAUUAUUUCAGAGCGUGUACAUUCUCAAUUCUGAUGCUCGCCUUGUUCCAGACUGCUUAUUUGUAUCCGACACGUGUUAGAGCCCAGUGGACAAUUUUGACCUUCAGGUUAAGCCACAAGGAAGCAGCGUUGUCCAACUGCAUUGUGAGUCAUACAUACCAGUCUCUUUAAUCCCAACCAGUCUCUCACAUCCAUAGAGCCUGACAGCAGAGAAACCAGUAUUCUGGCUUAGCAGCAGGGUUUAGUGUGCAAGAUGUAUGGGCACCAUCCCCAUCAGGAGCAGCAGGAGCACACUGGCUUCAUUGCAGAGGAGCUGCUGGCUGCAGAGCACUUCACCGUGGACAGCAUCUCCAUAGAUCCCAUCAGUAUGACGCUGGGACACCAUGAUCAAACCACUGGGUUGCAUCAACUCAAUUCACCAGCUAUAUGCAAAGCAGCAUUCAGCAAGGUGAAGCUUGCUGAAGAAAACCCGUCCUGAAAUAAGUCUGAGACUUAACUGGACGACCACUUGUAUGACAUAUUGUCAUAAACCUCCACUGGAUUUAAAGAAGAGUAUCCACCAAAGGGGCAUCCAAAGCUCGACGGGACCACAUCAAUCAUGAGAUCAAGAACAUGCGUGCUCUGCUGCCCAUCACCCUGGAGGACCAGGAGCGACUCUCGUACCUUCACUCCAUGGCCGUCAUCUGCACCUACAUCAGGAAGUCUGUCCGGGGGCUCCCAGCUGGAGAGCGAUCACACUGCUCUCUGCCACAUGAGGUCUUUCUUCAAGCCUUGCACGGCUUCAUCCUCGUCUCCACCGCACAGGGCAGGCUGGUGUAUGUGUCAGAAAAUGUAGCCGAGUAUCUCGGGGUUUCCAUGCUAGAUGUGCUGCAGGGAGAUACAGUAUAAGACAUGGACUCCAGUGCAUGGAUCUGUCAUGGUGCUGGAUCUAUAGUUCAGCCAUAUGGAGAGUGCCAGCCCAUCAGCAGGAGCAGGUCAGCCAUGACAUUCUGAUGGAUGUGCAUGCAUGCACAGAUUAGGGGCUGUGCUCUACUCUCUGCUCAGAGACCGGGCUCGCCUGUCACCAUUCACCAUCAGACUCCCUCCCUGCAGCCACUCAAACCUUUGACCAGCCAUCCUUUGGCACGCUCAGUGGCCACACUCCACCCACUUCAUCCUCGCCAUCCUGUGAUUUCAGAGAUUAUGCAUCUGAUGCUCGCUUAGUUCCAGACUCUUUCUGUGUCUGACAUGUGUGAGACCCCAGCGGACUGUGCUCUGCAUCCAGAUGAUUUCGGCCUUCUGUUGCAGCCACUUUGAGGCAGCUUUGUCCAACUGCAUCAUGAUGCUCCUGACUUAUCCACACAUACCAGUCUUCUACAGCCAUGCUGUUGGCAUGUUAGACAGCUUCAUGAAAGAUCUAAACAUGUUCACAAGGAAAAGCAGCAUAUUGAGCAAUACUAGCUACCAUCUACCAGCAGUGUAUAACAGGAAUGGGGCCCAUCUCCAUCAGAAGCUGCUGGCUGCAGAGCACUUCACUGUGGACAGCAUCACCAUAGAUCCCAUCAGUAUGACGCUGGGACACCAUGAUCAAACCACUGGGUUGCAUCAACUCAAUUCAACAGCUAUAUGCAAAGCAUCAUUCAGCAAGGUGAAGCUUGCUGAAGAAAACCCGUCCUGAAAUAAGUCUGAGACUUAACUGGACGACCACUUGUAUGACAUAUUGUCAUAAACCUCCACUGGAUUUAAAGAAGAGUGUGAGUAAAGACAACUAAAGGACAUCUUCUCAGAUGUUAUUUUUAUAAGAAACUUAUUCCUGAAUGUAGAGCUAAAGCUCAUGUAGAUUUUGUUUUCCUUGGGCUUCACUCAAAGUAUUGACAGGUGUCACAAUCCUGUAGGUAGCAAACUGAAAUGUCAUAUGUGCCACCAGCUACAGGCUGAGACAUCCGUCAUCUUCUAUUCUUCUGAUACAUCAAGAAAAAAAAAAAUCAGUAAAAGACAUUUCAAGGAAACCUUCGCUAAAAUGUCGUGUCUGCAAGCAACUUAUGUGGGUUUUAUACUGUCUCCAACACUAUGGAUAAAACCUGCUGUCAGCUGAGUUUUGUUUUGCUAAAGUCUUUUUUUUUUCCAUGAAAAUGUACUUGGAAAAAAAUAAAAUAAAAGUAUGUGAGAUCAUUCACCCCGCUUUAUCGCCAUAGUUCUUAACACAAGUAGUUUUUUUUUUUCUUUGUAUGCCAUUAAAACUUUCAUACUGUCAUAGUUAAAGAUGUUAGAGAAGAUGAAGCUACCUCAGCGGUACAGCUAAAUCCAUUCAAAGUCUGAAUUUUGUGCCUUAAAUUGUGUUAAUCCCUGCAUAUUCAGAACUCUGAGUCAUUCCUGCGUUUUGCUUCAGAAAUAUUUGAAAUGUAAAUAAAUCUAAAGAAAAUCA